CUGAACAAUGAGCUGGACUUUAGUAGAAACACUACAUUUCCCAUGAAUGAAGCAGAAGAGGCAGAUCCUUCAGAGCAUCUGAAAAGAAAUUCGUUCAUAUGGUUCAGCGGAGGAUUCAACUCUUUUCUGUCAAUCACAGACAUGACUGAGGGAACGCACCUGCGGAGGCGAGGCGGGCCGUACAGGACAGAGCCAGCCACAGACAUGAGCCGCUGGAGGCUGACGAAUGUCGAGGGCAGGCAGACCUGGCGCUAUGUGGAAGAUCAGGACAGCCCAGACAGGGAGCAGACCAUGCUGGAAGCCCAUUCUCUAGGCUUGGACACGAGUAAGUUUGUGCCUGGCUCUCCAGCUGCCCACACAGCUGUAGAUGCAGCUCUGAAAGGUAUGCACUUCUACAGCCACCUCCAGGCCGAGGACGGUCACUGGGCAGGGGACUACGGCGGACCCCUCUUCCUGCUCCCAGGGCUCCUGAUCACAUGCCAUGUGGCUAAGAUCCCUCUGGCCGAGGCCUGGAAGAAAGAGAUGGUGAGGUACCUGCGCUCCGUCCAGCUGCCAGACGGAGGCUGGGGUCUACAUAUUGAAGAUAAGUCUACCGUCUUUGGCACAGCGCUGAGCUACACCUCAUUAAGGAUCCUGGGAGUAGAUCCUGAUGAUCCAGAUGUGGUUCGAGCCAGGAAUAACCUGCACAGCAAAGGCGGCGCUGUGGGGAUUCCCUCAUGGGGUAAAUUCUGGUUGGCCAUUUUAAAUGUCUACAGUUGGGAGGGAAUGAACACACUGCUACCAGAGAUGUGGCUGUUCCCCACUUGGAUGCCAGCCCACCCCUCUACCCUGUGGUGCCACUGCCGCCAGGUCUACCUCCCCAUGAGUUAUUGUUACGCUGUCAGACUGGCUGCAGAGGAAGACUCCCUGGUUCUCAGCCUCAGACAGGAGCUUUAUGUCCAGGACUAUGCAACCAUUAACUGGCCUGAUCAGAGGAACAACGUGGCAGCAUGUGACAUGUAUACGCCUCACAGCACACUGCUCAAUGUCGCUUACAUGGUGAUGAAUGUGUACGAAGCCCACCACAGCACCACACUGAGAGGAAGGGCUGUCAAAGAACUGUAUGAACACAUCCUGGCUGAUGACUGCUUCACUAAAUGUAUCAGCAUUGGACCGAUCUCUAAGACUAUCAAC